UUUGAAGCCGGAAGCAGCAGCUGAAUCUUCUUCAGGAGAAAAUAAAUAACAAUCCGUGAUUAUUGUUAUUAGUGUUAAAAGUUGUUUUAUCAUCGAGAGCUUCUCCAUCAGUAAAACAGCAUGAAGGGUUUAUUCUGCAGAGCUGCUGUCAGUGACGCGCAGCCCAAGUUCGUCAUCCAGGAAAUGACUCUUCCUGACGUGUUGGGCAGCCAUCAGGUCAGAGUUCAGGUGAAGGCCUGUGGACUCAGCCCUCUGGACCUCAAGUUGCUCGCUGACGUCGGCAUCCAGAGAGAUUUGAUUCCUGUCGGCAGAGAGGUGGCCGGGGUUGUCCUGCAAGUGGGACCCAAAGUAACAUUUUUCCAGCCUGAGGACGAGGUUGUUGGUGUGCUUCCCCUGGACUCUCCCUGCUCUGGACUCUGUGACGUCAUUGACGUAGAUGAACACUAUUUAGUCCAGAAGCCAGAGAAGCUCAGCUCUGUGUGUGUUGCGUCAGCGCUGCGUGACGGCCUGUGUGCUUACACUGCUCUACACACACACGCUCACAUGGCAGCGGGACACACACUCCUGGUCGUGGACGGAGCAAGUUCUUUUGGCCUGAUGGUCACCCAGCUGGCCUUUUACCACGGAGUGAAGGUUCUGACGACGUCGCAUUCGCUGCAAAAUCACACUUUCCUGGAGCAGCUUCGACCCAGUGUAGGCGUUCAGGAUCCUUUAUUAGCCAGAGUCAUUCCCGUCUAUAACGGCUCAUCAGAGCUGCUGCCGCUGGUGCUGGAGGAGACUGGAGGACUGGGAGUGGAUAUAGUGAUCGACUCAGGAGUUCAUCUGCUGGAAGAGGAGGAAUCAGAGGAGAUGAAACUACACCUGCACAAACAUGACAUCAUCAGUGCGCUGGCAGUGGGGGGGCACUGGGUCACGUCCCACCAAGACCUGCAGCUGGAUCCUCCAGACUGCAGAUUACUGCAUCUCAAAUCAGCCUCUGUGUCGUUCCUCAAUCCGGAAGUGUGGACGGCUUCGUCAGCUCAGCAAGGACGCUACCUCCAUAUUCUGAAGGACAUCGUGGAGAAGAUGUCAACUGGAGUUCUCAGACCUCAGCCGGAGGAGGCGGUUUCUAUCUACGAAGCCACAGUCGCCAUGGAGACCGUCCAGCGUCGGCAGAAGAAAAAAGCAGUUGUUCAACUCUGAGUAAUUCUGCUGAGAUCUGAGGCAACGUUUAGUUCAAUGAACAUAAUGAAUGAACUGAUUCAAACACGAUUGUUUUUCGGGUCUGAAACAAGUCAGAACGAACAUCGUGUGGAAGAUAAAGGAGAUAAAGCUUACGUCGUCUUUUCAACACUGAGAAACAGAAACUCAUAUGAUGGGGUUUUCCUUCAAAUACACAUUCACGCUCUAAUUCUCACAUCCAGCCUGUGAAUGUGUGAUUCCAUGGGACAGUGACUCAUAUCAAGGCCUCUGUGAUCACUGUUUGUCACAUUAUAUUUCUCUGAGAAUCCACAAACCUAUAUUUAAGUCAAUAAACACAAACUUUACACUAGAUGGACGCUCAGAGAGCAGAUAGCUUCUCAAUUUUUAUCGCAAUUUAUGUUGCCAUCAUAAAAAGAACUUUACUUGAACGAUCCAAUUCAACUCUUGGAAAUAAGAGAAUCUUUUGUAUUAUUACUGUACUGUGCCAUUUCAUUAAUAAAUUAAAACAAUUAAAACAUGAUAAA